AACCCCUUUGCAAUCGUAUCAAACAUCUUGUAUUCCAAUUACAUAGGUGCCUACCUACUUACUUUGCAUCCAACUCUACGCAUCCCCCGGAUCAAAUUUUGCCAUGAAAUCGAAAUACGUUCCGGGGCUCUGGGUGCUACUCACCAAAGGCUUCAAUGGAGGGCUUACGUGGAAGACUCUGCCUAUAGAGGUAUACGACGAAGCCAAGAAAGUUUCCUCGAUGCAAUGUCACUUCUUAUUACGACAUCCUCAUUCUUUCCACCUCGCCAAAUUUUUCCUUAAAGGCCUAAAGUCAAAGAAUCCAACGCUAAUUUGCCUCGCACUUUCACAUGUAUAUGAGUUUGCAGCAGAGAAGGUCGAGUUCUGCGCUUCUAUGGAGCCGGUGGAGUUCUUUGCGCAUGUUAAGAAUUCCUAUGCUUGGUCAUCCCAUCUCACCGACAACGCAUUCUGGGCUUUCACAUAUAAAGCCUUUCACGCUCGGCAAAUAUUCCUUAACACAGCUCUCAAAAAGGGCGAAGGGGACCCGACUAAAAAGCCCUUUGCCCUGUCCUUAGAUCGUUUCCGAGAGGCGUUCCUAGACGCGUAUCCACUUGAUCCAACUCUCAUCCACGGAAAGGACGACAAGAUAUGCCAAGAGAAUAUCGAGCUGGUUGAAGAUAUACUUUCUACCAACAAGGCCCUCCACGCCAAGUACUUCCCUCCUCAUCUUACCCACUUUGAAGGGCAAGGCGAUGGUACGGACAAGUUGCUCCCAGUCAAAAAGUCCGAAGAUUGCGAUGAACCCUCGGAACCUAUCACUUGCAAAUACGAUGGGGUAUAUAUGUCGAAAAUCCCGGAUGAAGAGCUUUUCUUCUAUGAUACGGAAUGCAAGGCCAAGCAUCACGAUGCUUUCAUCGAUGCUGUGAAUAAGGGCGCCGCGGGAAUUAAGAACAAGGAACUGGCCAAGGGUGCGGGGUCCGUGAGAAAGUACGACGCCUUCAAGCGCCACGGAGAGCAAGGCAAUGCCGACGACGCCGAUGAGUCUGGCCCUUCGAAUGAAGGCAUGGCAGCCCCUGACAACGGCGUCGAGGCCAGCGCCGACAACGACAUGCCGGAUAUCAAGAAGUUGAAGAUUGAGGAUGACGAGGUGGCUGAGAAUAUGCCGGAGGAUGGAGGAAUUCCUAAUAUUGAGAACCUUCGGCUGGUGGAUGAAGGAGAGGAAGAAGCAUCUUCCCCUUAA